UGCGGCACUGUGGGGCUGGCCCUCGAGCUCCGACUAAGUCCAAGUCCAGCCCGUUGGCCACGGGAGAUGCCGCAUUUUCAGCUGAGCAGCUUCCUCUGCGGCUGACAAGUCUGCUCUUGAGAGGGAGAGUAGUUCCGUCAACAUGACGACCACCAAAGCGUAAUAGAGACUCGCAUCGAGCUCAGUCAAUCUUUUAGAGUCUUUUGUCCAAGUUUUGUCGGAUUCAACUUGUAUGGGUCUCGUCGGGCGGCAGGCGCGGACCUGAAGGAACGCGCACAUUCUACCCGGCAACUUCAUCUUGUCAGCGCUCCCUGCGAGGCAGACAUCCUCUUUUUCGAAACCAACGACCCGAGUAAAGCCCGCUCGACGACAUGGCUCGCGACGAGAGCAGGGAAGGUCUCCUCCAGGAUACCAGAAGGCAAUCACUGGACAGCGACGGCGAAGACUCCGGAUCCGACUUUGAAGCGACCGACUUCUUAGACCACGAUACCUUGACACCUUCCGCUCGGGCUCCCCGCCGAAGACUCGGACGAUGGCCGCUUAUCCAGAACCUCUCGAGGCGCAGCCGAUGCUGCAUCUGGACCCUGGCCGCCACCGCCAUCCUACUCCUCCUCCUCACCCUCAGCGGCGCAUUCCUCUACAAAAAAUACCAAGACGAGCCUCCAUACGGCCUCUCCCCGCCCUGGUACCCCUCUCCCAAAGGCGGGAUCGCCCACACCUGGGCAGCCAGCUACGAAAAAGCCUCCAAACUCGUCAGCCGCAUGACCCUCCCCGAGAAGGUCAACAUCACAACCGGAACAGGCUGGCAGAUGGGGUUAGCAGUCGGCACGAACGGUCCCGCAGUGCACGUCGGCUUCCCUCAACUCCAACUGCAAGACGGCCCCCUAGGGAUCCGCUUCGCCGACAACAUCACCGCCUUCCCAGCCGGCAUCACCGUCGGCGCGACCUGGAACCGCCGUCUCAUGUACGCCCGCGGCAAAGCGCACGCCAUUGAAGCCCGAGGAAAGGGGAUCAAUGUCCUCCUAGGCCCCUGCGUGGGACCUCUGGGCCGGAUGCCAGCCGGCGGACGCAACUGGGAGGGGUUCGGCGCAGACCCGUAUCUCCAGGGCGUUGCUGGGGCUGAGACAGUCAAGGGCAUCCAGAGCGAGGGGGUUAUGGCUACGAUCAAGCACUUUGUGGCUAAUGAGCAGGAGCAUUUCCGGCAGCCGUGGGAAUGGGGCCUGCCGCAUGCUAUCAGUGCUAACAUUGAUGAUCGGACGCUGCACGAGUUGUAUGUCUGGCCGUUUGGGGACGCGGUUAGGGCGGGCGUGGCGGCGGUUAUGUGCUCGUAUAAUAUGGUUAACAAUUCCUACGCGUGUGGGAAUAGUAAGCUGCUGAAUGGGAUUUUGAAGGAUGAGCUUGGGUUUCAGGGGUUUGUGAUGAGCGACUGGCUUGCGCAGCGGGCGGGUGUGGCCACGGCGCUGGCCGGGCUGGAUAUGACCAUGCCGGGGGAUGGGCUGCGAUGGGCAAAUGGUGAGUCGCUGUGGGGGCCGCAGCUUACCAGGGCCGUCCUGAACGGCAGUGUGCCCGUGGAGCGGCUGAAUGAUAUGGUGACGCGUAUCGUUGCGGCGUGGUAUCAGAUGGGUCAGGACGAUGAGGCUAAAUUCCCACGGCGUCCUCCGAACUUUUCGUCGUGGACCGAUGAUCGCAUGGGCGUUCUUUCCCCGGGUAGUCCCAGCCCGCAGGAGGAGGUUGUUGUCAACGAGUUUGUGGAGGUCCAGGCCAACCAUUCCAUCAUUGCGCGCGAGGUGGCCGCCGAGGGGACCGUGUUGCUCAAAAAUGAAGGGUUGCUGCCAAUCAGUCGACAGGGGCUUGACGAGUCGAGGCUCAAGACGAGGCGCACGAUUGUUGAACGGGCGACUGGGAAGCUGCAUUCGGGAAAGUUCAAGGUGGGAAUCUUUGGAGAGGAUGCCGGACCUGGGAACGGGCCAAAUUUCUGCAAAGACCGCGCUUGCAAUCAAGGCACGCUCGGAUCGGGCUGGGGCUCCGGAGCUGUUGAGUUCCCCUAUCUGGUCUCACCCGUCGAGGCACUUCGCAAGCAGUUUGACGACUCCAAGGUCGAGCUCCACGAAUACCUCACGAACAAGCCAGUCCUAAGCGGCAGCAACACGACAAUCGACGACCUCGAGUUGUGCAUCGUGUUCGUCAACGCCGACUCGGGUGAGGGUUUCGCAAAGUGGGACAAUGUUCGGGGCGACCGGCCAGACUUGAACCUUCAGAGCGGCGGCGACGACCUCAUCGUCAACGUAGCGAGCAGGUGCGGCGGAGGGAGCGGCGAUGUCUUGGUCGUCGUGCAUGCCGUCGGUCCCGUGCUGAUGGAAAAGUGGAUCGAGUUGCCCAACGUCAAGGCAGUCCUCCUCGCCAACCUCCCCGGCCAAGAGUCGGGCAACGCACUGAGCGAUAUCCUCUUUGGCGACACCAACCCGUCAGGCCACCUCCCCUUUACCAUCGGCAAAAGCCUUGCAGAUUACGGCCCCGGCGGGCAGGUGCUCUACCUCCCCAACGGCGUGGUCCCGCAGCAAGACUUCUCCGAGGGCCUUUACAUCGACUACCGCUACUUCGACAAGCACAACAUCUCGCCCCGCUUCGAGUUCGGCUUCGGCCUCAGCUACACCACCUUCAACUUCAGCAACCUCCGCGUCUCGUCGCACAGAACCAAGUCACCUCUCCCGCUUCCCCGCCCGAGUCCCGCCGCCAAACCCCCUACAUACCCAACCGCCAUCCCGCCCAAAACUCAGGCAUUGUUCCCUGCCAACUUCCGCCCGCUGGAGAAAUACAUCUACCCAUACCUCUCAUCAGUAGACGACAUAGAACCCGGCCCCUAUCCAUACCCAGACGGAUACUCCACCGCCCAACCGUUAAGCGGAGCAGGCGGCGCCGAGGGCGGCAACCCUGAUCUGUGGGGCAUCUACGCCGAGGUGACAGUGAACAUUAGGAAUGAUGGGCCCGUGGCGGGCGCGGUCGUGGCACAGCUGUACUUGGAGUACCCUGAGAAAGACGGGGUGGAUUUCCCGGUCAGGGUGCUCAGGGGGUUUGACAAGCUUUACCUCAAACCGGGGGAGAUUGGGACGGCGCAUUUUGCGCUGACGAGGAGGGAUUUGAGUUAUUGGGAUGUGCAAGAGCAGAAUUGGGUCAUGGUUACAGGCCUCGGUACGGAGGGGAGGUGUAGGGUGUGGGUGGGGGAGAGUUCGAGGGAUUUAAGGGUUAGUGGGGUGUGGUAAGGGUGAGGUCCCUGGCUUUGAGUCGGCUUCGACUCUGAGGAUCGGGGUCCGUAGGUAGUGUCUGUUGUUUCGAUAUAUGUAUAAGGUAGAUGGGACUCUUAAGGGACUCUGGAGUGGGUAACUGGCUCGGUUUAAGUUUGGGUUGUGGCUUCGGAAGGAUUGGGACUACUCGCUAUGUGCACAUAUUACUAGCAAAGGGGAAAGGAUGUAAUGUAAUAUAUAGCUUCCAUAAUACUUGCAGGUUGAAUC